AUGGCUAAUAAAUCAGUGUACAUGGCGUUACCAAAAAGUGAGUGAGAAAGAAUUUGAGCUGGAAAUUUUGGACAAAAUAGAAUCAGCGAAUCAAAAUUUACCAAAAAAGUUCUUUCACUAAACCCCACCUCUCUACUUCCUUCUCCCAAAAAUCAAUGAAUUUCUAGAUGAUGUAAACGUUGAUGAGAUAAUUGUGAAAAUACUGAACGUCGGCGUAUCCGGCCUAACAUUCUCCUCAAUCGUUUCCCCUCAAGAAAUGUCGAGUUUAUUAGAUUUGGCCAAACCACUUUUCAUGUCUCAAGGUUCGAUGGUCGAAAUCGAAGCACCUGUCAAAAUAUGCGGUGAUGUUCAUGGUCAAUACGCCGAUGUUCUUCGAUUAUUCGAUCGUGGUGGUUUCCCGCCAAUUGUCAAUUAUUUAUUUCUCGGUGAUUAUGUUGAUCGCGGACCACAAAGCCUUGAAGUCGUCACACUUUUCAUCGCUUAUAAAAUCAAAUUUCCUGGCAACUUUUUUUUGCUUCGCGGAAAUCAUGAAUGCGGUGCAAUUAAUCGAGUUUAUGGAUUUUUGGAAGAAGUUACGAGAAGAUAUGGGCCUAAAUUGGGGGCGACUUUGUGGAACUCUUUUCAAUUAACAUUUGCGUGUAUGCCGUAUACGGCUUUGGUUUCGGGAAGAAUUCUUUGUAUGCAUGGAGGUGUUAGCAAAAGGGUUAGUUAGGAAAUGUUCAAACUUUGACACGUCAUAUUUCGGAAUUCUGAAGUUUUGAAUUCUUGGUGCCAAAUGAAAUAUUCUCUUUGAAAAUCAUCCUUAUUUCCAGAUGAAAUCACUCGAUCAACUUCGCAAACUUCCUCGUCCAGUUCUCGAUGUUCCAAUUCCAUCGCUCGAAACCGAUCUUCUUUGGUCCGAUCCCGAUGAACAAGUAAACGGCUUCGAAGAAAACACACGCGGAGUUGGUCAAGUUUUUGGAGCCGAAGCACUUCGCGAAAUCACUGAACGUCUUGAUGUCGAUCUAAUCGCUCGUGCUCAUCAAGUCGUCCAGGAUGGCUACGAGUUUUUUGCCAACAAAAAAUUGGUGACAAUCUUUUCGGCUCCACAUUAUUGCGGAAGUUUUAACAAUGCGGCUGCAAUGAUGAAUGUGGAUAAGAAUUUGACGUGCAGUUUUCAAAUUAUGCGCCCCAUUUCGAAAUCGAUGAAACAAGCAUAG